GUGAACACUUCCUGUCCCACCCCAGGCCCCAAUCUGCCUUCCUGGCAGGGACAGCCCAGCCCAGCGUUACCACACUGCUCACCUGUGAAGCAAUCAUCCCUGAGAGAGGGAUGAGUAUUCCGGCCAGGGGCUGCCUAUAAAUGCCAGGCCCGCUCUGCUGCUUCAAACUCCUGUGUGGCUCCUCAGCGUGAGUGCGAAAAGAUGGCAGACCAACUGUCGCAGCUGGAACGCGACAUAGAGACCAUCAUCAAUGUCUUCCACCAGUACUCGGUACGGCUAGAGCAUCGAGACGCCCUGAACCAGAAAGAAUUCAAACAGCUGGUGCAAAAAGAGCUGGCAAACUUCCUCAAGAGAGAGAAAAAGAAUGAUGCAGUCAUCAACGACAUCAUGGAGGACCUGGACACCAACGAAGACAAGGAGCUGAGCUUCGAGGAGUACAUCGUCCUGGUGGCAAAGCUGACUGAAGCUUCGCACGAAAAGAUGCAUGAGGGCCACCCAAGAGGGCAUCGCCACAGCCACGGGGAAGGGCUUGGAGAGGAUGGAAAGUGCAAAGGGGAUGACAAGCAAAAAGGGUCUGGUCCUGGCCAAGGCCACGGCCACAGCCACGGCCACGGCCACGGCCACAGCCACGGCCACGGCCACAGCCACUAA